UUCGUUUAUUUACCAUUUGAAUUCAUUGAAAAACAAUGUAUUCAUAUGAAAACACAUAUUUAUUUAAUAAAAAUAUUUAAUUUAAGUAUCAUUAAUGAACAAUAUGCAUAGUAAAUUAAAAUAAAUAUAACUGUUUGAUUACGAUUUGUGGUUAACUUUGGCGGGUAUUGGGUCUGGUUAAUGGUGUAGGAAUUUAGGGAACCGAUCAAUUGGGAAUAUUAUGGCUGAAAUGUAAUUUAUUAAUUUUUAAUUAAUAAGUUACUUAAGAAUAUUACAGAUUGAAGAUUUGCAAUAAAAAUGAUAAAAAUGGCGACCAAUACCACCUCCUUACAAAUCACAAGCACACUAACUACAACAAAUCGUCAUAACACGGUCGUAACAUCAAUUGGUAGCAAAACAAACAUCAUCGAUUUGGUGACAUCAAACGAAGAAACAGAUGCAGACGAAGCUGCGGUUCCUGAUUCAACAACACCAUUGGAGAAAGAGCGUGUAACGUUCAGUCAUGGUGAAGAUGUAUUGUUGAAGCAUAAAGAUGGUCGUUAUUAUUUGGGUACCAUUGUUGAAAUUGAUUAUAUACGUGAUCAAUGUCUGUUACGAUUUGGUGACAACACUGAAAGUUGGGCCUCGACACGUGAUCUAACAAAGCUUAGUUUACCCGAUGAGGAUCUGUUGUGUGUGAUAUGUAAAAAAUCUUCACCAAAAGAUCAAAAUGAUAUUGUAGUGUGUGAUAAAUGUGGACGCGGUUAUCAUUUAGUGUGUCAUCAACCGCCGAUUUCAUUGGAAUAUAAAAAUGAAAGUAAUUUAUGGCAUUGCAAGAAAUGUGUGGAAAAUAUACAAGCACAGGGUAAUAUGCGUAGAAUUAGAGAAACCACAACGGCACGUCGAAAUAAGGAUACAAUUCGUAAAAUAUGUUCUGGUCCGGAUGAAGUAAAUAAAGUAUUACCAAUUGAUCGUAGUAAAUUACCUUACGAUCCGGACCUGUUAAAUUGGGAUACCUAUCAUCGUGUGAACAUGGAACAAAUAUACUGUUAUUGUGGACGGAAUGGUGAAUGGUAUACACAAAUGUUGCAAUGUGGACGAUGUAGACAAUGGUUUCAUGAGAAAUGUGUCAAAUGUUUGCAGUAUCCAUUGUAUUGUGGUGAUAGGUUUUAUGUAUUUGUAUGUUCAAUUUGCAAUUAUGGUAAAGAAUUUUUACGACGAUUAGAAAUGAAAUGGGUUGAUAUGGUACAUUUAAUGUUAUUUAAUCUCACUGCCUUUAAUGCCAAGAAGUAUUACGACUUAGAUAAAGUUAUUAUUCCAUAUAUUAAUGAUAAUUGGCACGCUCUACAAUUACCACCAAAGAUUAAUAAUGUGUCAAAAUCAGAAAGACGUGAUUUUAUUUUAUCAGUCUUAACAAAUAAUCGAAAUCGAUUUAAAUGUGGACGUGAAAUAAAAAAACGUACAACAAUAUGGGGUUUAAGAGUACGUCUUCCCCCACCAGCACCAUGUGUAACACUGCCUUCAGUUGGUCCUAUUUCGGAGACUGAAUUAAAAGAACGAUGGCAUGGUAAUCGACGGUUACAGUUCCUACCUGUUGCAAAUAUUAAAAAUGAAUUGGAUUCGAAUUCAUUCUCUGGUACAAAAAGUAAUUGUUCAAUGGUUGUUCCUGUCGAUCCUGAAAUGGUUGGUCUAAUGAUGGGAAUGGCAUAUCAUGAUCAUGCAAUUAAAUCAGAAACAGAUUCACCAUGUCCAAGUCCUGAAAUCGUUGUUGAUACGCAGGACAACAAGAAUCGUACAUUCACAACAAAUUACAAACAUAAAUUAUUAAAAUUAAUUCCAACAACAACCACUACACAAACUAUCACAACUGCAUCAACAACAGCACUAAGUUACGAUGAAGAUGAUGACGAGAAACUAAAAUCGGAUAUUGAAUCACCAUGUCCCAGUCCAACGCCAACAACAUCCCCUCAUAUUGUACAAAAACAAAAUAGUAGCAAUAUUUUAUCAAAGUCUGAAACAGAAUCGUCUUUAUGUCCAAGUCCUGAGGAUGAUCUUGCAAAUAAGAGUAGCACACCAAUGCAUCAACAACAAACACAACAAAUACAAAAACCACAAUUAGUUGGUGCUGGUUUUGUGAAACGGAGUGUACCAUUUCCACAAAUUAAUAAUAAUUCAAUGAGGAGAAAAAGACUGCUUGCUGUAAAUGGUAUACGACGUCACAAAAACCACCAUAAAAAAUUACUUAGAAAAUUUACACGAAAUGAAAAUAAUGAACAUCUUCAUGUACGUAUGAAAAAAUUACGUAAAUUAAUAAAAAAUUCUGAACAUAAGCAACAAAAAGAACAGCAACAACUGCCACCAACACCACCGGUCUCAUCUGUAUCAGAGGAUCCACCAACUCCUCCACUUCAAUCAGCAAAUCAAACAAAUUUGUUGUCGGAAGCAUCGUCCGAUUGUUGUACACUUAGUGAUACGAAACAAACGAAUAAUACACCAUCAUGUGAUACCACAUCCGAUGGUGAUGAGACAUCAUCGAAAAGUACUUUAGAUUUAAUAAUCCCACCACCAAAAGACUUUGAAGGUAAAAAUAAUCCAUUCCAUAAUUUAUCCAAAGAAAACACAACACCAAGCACAACCCCUGUAAACAACGAGGACACAACAAUUGUCUCAAAACCAGUACAAACGGUUCCAAAAGUCUCAUUACCAUUAUCGUUAACACCAGUGAUCCCACCAUUAAUACGAACGCUUAAACGACAAUUGAGUGAGAAGGACAUAUGUAUUGGACCAAAUGGUGAAGUGAAACGACGCCGACAUCGACGGACCCGUUCAACGUUAUUACAAGUGGCAGCUAGUAAAAAUGCAACAAUUUUACCGCCUACCCGAUCUACGGAGACAACUCAUCAUCGUCAACUACGUUCCACUGUACAAACGAUACCAAAUUGUGUUGAUUACGCAUUAAAUGGUCGUCGAUUACGGCAACGUCAAGAGAAAGAGGUGAAAGUAUCAUCGACAUCAACGAAUAGUAGUCCAAAUAAUUCAAUAACACCAAACGGUGUGAAUACAAGUCCCACAAAAAGUGAAUCGAAUAUUAGUAUGGAUGAUUUAAAGAGUUCGGUGAAUAUCUAUUUUGGAGCAGCGAAUCGUAUUGCAUCAGGGGAGAAAUUUAGUAUACGAGCAAGUCGUUUGGGGCCUGAAGGUAAAAUACAAUAUUUGGUUGAAUGGGAUGGACAUGAUCCUUUGGUAGUAACAUGAUAUUCUAUUUAUUGUUUAUGAGCGAACGAUGCGAGGCAUUAUUCACGCACGAUUGUUUCUCUUCUUUUUUAAUGUAUUUUUUAAUUAUCAAUUUCCUUAAAACAAAAAUGUUUAAUUCCAUACGGAUUCAAAG